AUGGAUCACUCUCAUCAAUCCCUGAUCAAACCUUCAUAUCGGGAGCGACUCGUUUGUCAAAAAUAUUAUGUUUUAUCGUCAUGUAUAUAUAGCAAUCUAAAUUUUUUGAUUUCAUUCAAAGUUAGUUUUAUUGGUCUUUUUACUUGUUUAACAAGCGUGCCACGAGUUCAUUGUCCUAUAACUGAACGAAACCCAAAAGUUAUGAGUGGGAAUCAGAGGCUUCAGUCUAAGAGAAGACAGGUGCCGUCUGAAAAGAGAAAACGGGCACUUUUCUCUUGUGAUAGAUGCAAAUUAAGGAAAACUAAGUGUAAUAGGAUACAAAACAAUGACUUGAAGUAUGACAACAUUACGCCGUGCUUACAAUGCACUAAAGCUGGUGUAGCAUGCACAACUUCCAUACCGAGAAAAAAACGCUUUUAUGGUCCCGUCAAAAAUAUCGCAUUCCACUAUAAAUGUCUGCUAUCUUUAGUGGCUGGACUGUUUCCCGACUCAGAUAUUUAUAGUUUCGAAGACUUGAUAGACUUAGGCCAUAAGCUAAAGAUAGAAAUGCCAAAAUUAGAUUUGGCAGAUGAGGAAGAUAACGAAACACUUGAAAAUCUAAAAACAGAGAAAGAAGCACAGCCAGAUAAGGCCAUAACCGAAAAAACUGAUUUGAUGCCUAAGAAACCUGCAGUGAUAAAAAGUGAAUCAGUGAGUCAUGCAGCUAAUAAAAAUGAAGAUAUACCCAGGAAGAAACUUACAAAACGUAGAAAUGAGAUCGAUUCUCUUGAAGCGACUGAAAAUCAGGAGUCUACAUCCAAGCAACUACUCAUUACUGAAAAUAAAGAACAACCAAAACUGCCAAAAUUACCACCAGGAGUUAAGUUGAAGAAUAGUGACAACGAGAGGUUGAUUAUGGACCGAUUUGGGCAUACCCAUUUUAUUGGGAACUUUGGUACUGCGUCACUCUUGAAUGGUUUAUGUGAUAUAAUUAUCAAAAAUUCGUUUAAUAAAAAGAAACCUCCAACCUCCACGCAGGAUCUAAGAGAUCAUUCUGUGCAAACAAUUACCUCGGAUAAUGCACCAGCAUAUCAAUACCCUAAACAGCUGUAUAACUUUGACAGGAUCGAGAUUGACAGAUUCCCCCUUAUCAAUACGAUCGAAAAGGAAGAAGCGGACUUUUACAUGAAAAUAUUCUUUGAGAAAGUCCAUCCAUAUUACUUCAUCUUCAACAGGGAGCUUUUCAUGGAGAAAUAUCAUAUAUUUUGGGAGGAAAUUGAUGCCGACAUGAACAGGGAAGAAGCUGACACACACACCGUGUUGAGGUUGUCUAGUGCCGAGAUUUGUUCAAUAUAUAUGGUUUGGAUUUUGGGGAAAAGGUUCCAGCAGUACUCAUUUCCGGAGAUCCUUCCCUCAAAUGCCAAACUUGAUGAUGAGACGAUAAGUAAACUUAUAGACAUUAUAAAGUUAUCUUUUACCGAUGUGGUGUUGACUCCUUCAAUUGAUGGUAUUCGUUUGUUGAUUCUGUUUUCUGUUUAUCUUUCAAGUAUAAAAGUUAGAGAAAGCGGUUAUUGCUUAAUGGAACUCGCCGUAAUCCAGGCAAAAAGUUUAGGUUUACAUAGAAAAUCCAUAGUUGCAAAAUUUAACGACAAGAAGGCAGACGUCAUGAAAAGAAUUUUAUGGUCGUUAGCCAAGUCGGAAACUAUUUUAUCCUAUUCAUUUGGUAGAUCAAGUGGCAUUCCAUGGGAGGAAAUAGAUAUAGGGCUGCCAACAGUUGAGGAUGAAACAGACGAAGAGUUUAAGGUGUUUUACUCUCGUAGUUGCAUGUUGACAAAAAUUAUCUUUGAAAUAUUGGAUUAUAAAAAGAAAUCACACAAGGAGCCUUUAUCACUAGUUAGUGUUGAAAAAGCACUAUAUUUUAGAAGAAAGCUAGAAAAAUUUUGGGAAGGCGUUCCUGAAAUUUGGAAAGAUUAUAAAUCUUUACCGAUCAACAGAUAUAAGCCAAAACUACAUAUUCAGUAUCAUUACUAUUAUAUUGCUUUAACUUUGCCUAUGUUUUUGUACAUAGUCAACUCGCAAUCUUACAUCAUAAAAAAUGAUGACCCAUUUUUGGCUUUAUUAGUUUGCGGUAUUAAGUCUUCUUUCAAGACGGCCGAGAUUAUCAGCUAUACAGACUCGAAAGGGUUCUUCAAUGGUACGAUAUAUUUUGACAUAUUUUAUUGUUACAAUGCCAUCAUGGUUUUGACACUUUCGUAUACCCUGUUCAAGUCGUCUCAGAACUCAAAGGAAAAGCAAAUUAUUGAUUUGGAUAACCUAGAUAAAAAAUACGGAAUCAACUUAGAUGAAGUACUAAAGUCAAUCAAUUUGAUCAGAAAGUUGAUAUGGAAGAACCUAGGAAAAAUUGAUGGUACAAUGAGGAGGAUGUCUGAUAUAAUCGAGACCUUAUUGGACGAUUUAGGAAUCAUACAAAUAUUAGUAGUCAAAUAUGGGGCAAAACCAAGUAAUGUUAAGAACAUUGAAACCAAAGACGAAACAGGUAAAACCAGUGUUAGUAGUAUCAGCACAGGUUAUCGUAAGAUCAAAUUGAAUCUCAACCAACAGGGAAGAAGCAAGCGAACUAGGACCCCGACACCUAAGAAUGAAAGACCAUCUAAAUCACCAGCUAGAUCUAAAAAACCUAGGAGAUUUGAUAAUAUGCCGAGUGGUGGUGGGUUAUACCCAUUUUCUCCUAUGGGAGAUGAUCAGGCUGAACCAUAUUCAUUAAUACCGACUGAGAGUCCUAUGGGUAAAGACACAAUAUCAAAGACCGAUUCUCCAAGAAAUUUUGAAGCUACCGAAUUGGAUAAUCCUGCACUAGGAAGUAAUGAAAUUCAUCUUGCCAAUAAUGCAACUUCAGCUUCGGAUAACCAACCUGCUCUUGAUAUCAACGCUAAUGAUAAUAUCAACGAUGUUUUGAACUCUCUGAGCUUAAAUAACGAUUUGAUGGAUGCAUUGUUUGGGUCAGAAUUAUUUAACCUGGAGGAAGAUUUGUUGUUAUAA